AUGAGUGGUAGAACUUGUUUCAGGUGUGGAUGCUCUGACCACUGGGGCCGUGAGUGCCCUAAAGGAGGAACUAGAGGACGAACAUCCGGAAGCCGUGACAGAGGUCCUCAGUGUAGUUCCUCCAGCCAGACUGACAUCUGUUAUUGCUGUGGAGAAACUGGUCAUUAUGCCAGGGACUGCCAUCGUCUCCGGGGCACCUGCUACAACUGUGGGAAAAGAGGCCACAUUGCCAAGGACUGUACCCAGACUAAACAGAAGAGAGAGAAGUGCUGUUUCAUCUGUGGCCAACCAGGCCACCUGGCUCGUGAUUGCCAGCAAGAAGAGAAGAAAUGCUACACUUGUGGCGAAUUUGGGCACAUCCAGAAAGACUGCACCCAAAUCAAGUGCUAUGGAUGUGGUGAGAAUGGCGGCCACAUGGCGGUGAAUUGUAGCAACACUGUCGAAAUCAGCUGCUACCGCUGUGGCAAAUCUGGACAUUUAGCCCGCGAAUGCCCCAAUUAA